CGGAAGCGAGUCCUAUCAUGGAGGAGGCGGGACUUCCCUCCCGGAAGUGACCCACGUGCUUCCGCCUUAGCCUACCUGGUCGCGCGGUGAGUUUCGAGUGUUUGCCCGAAGUUGGGGACACUGCGGGCAUUGUGACAGACCGCGGGCCGUGGACUAGAAGGCGAGAAGGAGCUCUCUUCCGCGGUGCAGGGCUGAGAUGGAUCCGCUCCGGGCCCAGCAGCUGGCUGCGGAGCUGGAGGUAGAGAUGAUGGCUGAUAUGUACAACAGAAUGACCAGUGCCUGCCACCGGAAGUGCGUGCCUCCCCACUACAAGGAAGCAGAACUGUCCAAGGGCGAGUCUGUGUGCCUGGACCGCUGUGUCUCCAAGUACCUGGACAUCCACGAGCGGAUGGGCAAGAAGCUGACAGAGUUGUCUAUGCAGGAUGAAGAGCUGAUGAAGAGGGUGCAGCAGAGCUCCGGGCCUGUGUGAAGCCCCAGACAGUGUACACCCCACGGUGUGCCCUGCCCCUUCCCACUUGUCCAAUAAAAGUGCCCCUAUUGGGUGUCGGCUAUGAAGACUGCUGGGCCUCGGCUCCCUCGGGAGAGCCUCCAGGAGCCCAGAGUAUGGUAGAGCUGAAGAGGGGUAUUUGUCACACUGCGAUGUGACUAUCUAUGUACGUGUAUGUGUGUGUGUAUAUAUAUAUUAAAACAGGUUUGUUGACACCA